AUGGCCCUGGGCAUAGUACGACUGUUCCAGGUAUCAGGAUUGUCGAUGUCAGUAAACCGGAGUGGAUUGAGUAUAUACAAAAAAGGACCUUUGAGCCGAGCCUUAGCGUAUGAUGUCUUGGGAGAUAGCAUCUUCGUAUCAGAUGGUCCAGUCUGGAAAAGAGCUCGACAUGCCACCUCCACAAUCUUUACUAUGAAGACAUUCAAGACAACUAUCGUCCCUUGCGCCAAUCAAAGCAUCGAUAGGCUAGUCAAAGUACUGAAGUCGACUGCAGAAGUGAAUCAGAGCAUCGACUUCUGCAACCUUUUCUAUUGUUAUACGUUGGAAUCCUUUGUACAAAUGACUUUUGGGACUGAUCUAGGCCUCCUUGGUAUCGAAUACAAUGACGAAGAAAAAGCACGAUCACCCUCAAAACUAUCGCAAACGACGAUUCCUUUUGCGAAAGCGUUCGAAUUUGCGCAAGAUCAGCUAGAUUUCAGAAUCGCCAUGGUCAUGGGAUGGCAGAUGAUGGAAAGGCUCAAUGCAUCCAUGGGGAACCGCAUGAAGGCCUCCUGUUGCGUUCUGGAUGAGUACGUUUACUCCUUAAUUGACGAGCGAAUGGCUAAAAUGGCGCAGAUAUCCGAAUUCGAAGACAAAGAAUCAUCUCACUCGGACCUAUUGAGUGUCUUCAUGAAUGCUCGGGACGAGCGUGGAGGCGGCUUAGGACGCACUGAGCUGAGGGAUACUACACUGAGCCUCAUUGUUGCCGGGCGUGAUACCACCGCCCACACACUAUCCUGGGCCUUCUUUCAUGUACUCAUGAACAAAGACCUAGUUUCCAAAAUUCGCGAGGAAGCGAUCGAAAUCUUGGGUGAUCAGGAUAGUGAUCAAGAUCGCGUGACAUAUGAGAAUUAUAAACAAUUCAUUUGGAGUCAAGCAGUCGUAUAUGAGGCCCUGAGGUUGCAUCCUAGUAUUCCAAAGAGUGGAAGAUACGUUGCCUCAGAUGACCGAAUCCCUGGUGGACCGACUGUUGAGGCUGGUAACUUAGUCAGAUGGAGCGCCUGGAAGAUGGGCCGUGAUGCCUCAUUAUGGGGGCCGGAUUGUGGCGAGUUCAAACCAGACCGUUGGAUUGACGAGACAGGCCGUAUCAAAAAAUUUGGGCCAUUCAAGUUCCCAGCUUUUGGAGGCGGCCCAAGGAUUUGUAUAGGUCAAAAUCUGGCGAUGUUACAGGCAGUUAAAGUGAUAGUUGAAGUUUUCAAGCAGUUCGAUCUUGAGUUCGCCCCGGGAUGGUUAGAAAAUGUCCCUAAAAGCGAAGCAAUCGAAGGUGUUGCAAGUCGAUAUCCAACGCCAAUGUACAGGCCGUCAUUGACUUUACCAAUGGCUCAUCCCAUGAUGGUCUCAGUUCAUCGACGUACUUCAUCAGCAGAGGCCAUAUCACCUUGA